GAGUAGAUAGCACUCGAUGACAGUGAGGCAGGUGUGACCUAAAUACUGGGAUCAAACUUCACACAGUUUGAAGACACUUUGAUAAUUGUUUGUGACGCUGCGGGACGUGAUGGCGACUAGUGACGACGUGCGGGACAAUGUGAAGAAAUACUAUGGCAGUCGACUGGAGUCCUCCUGUGAUUUGCAAACCAGUGCUGCCUCCUGCAGUUUGUCCUGCCGUCCACCGCCAAGAAGUGUCACGGAUGCAUUGAGCCAGGUUCACCCAGAGGUGACCAAAAGGUUCUUCGGCUGUGGCCUCCCAUUUCCAGCAAAGCUCGAGGGCUGCAGAGUCCUGGAUCUCGGCAGCGGCUCUGGCAGGGACUCUUACGCCUUCAGUAAACUCGUUGGAUCAAGCGGACAUGUGACAGGGAUUGAUAUGACGGAGGAGCUGAUCACAGUGUCCCGUCAGUACGUUGAGUAUCAUCAAAAGAAGUUUGGCUAUGAGGAGCCCAACGUCUCUUUUGUCCAGGGGUACAUGGAGAAGCUCAGUGAAGCUGGCAUACAAAGUGACUCAAUGGAUGUUUUGCUAUCCAACUGCGUAGUCUGUUUGUGUCCUGAUAAAGGAGCUGUGCUGCAGCAGGCGUACAAUGUUCUAAAGGAGGGAGGUGAACUCUACUUUAGUGACAUGUAUGCCAGCAAAGUUGUUCCUGAUCACAUGACGCAAGACCCAGUCCUGUGGGGUGAAGGAAUGGGCGGUGCUCAGUUUUGGCAGGAUUUCAUUUCAUUGGCCCGCAGUGUUGGUUUCAGCACUCCACACCUUGUCUCAGCAAGCAACAUUGUGAUCUACAACAGUGACCUCAAAGCAAAAGCAGGUGACAUCAGUUAUGCUUCAGGCACUUAUCGGCUCUUUAAGCUGCCCAAAAGUCCUCUCGUGUCUGAGGCAACAGUGACCUAUAAAGGAACAGUGGCAGAGUUUCCACAUCAGCUGGACUUUGAUUCCUCACACUGUUUCAAGACAGAUGUGGCAGUGAAGGUAAAUGGAGAGAUGGCAGCAAUCCUCCAGAGUUCCCGUUUCUCUUCGGAUUUCAAAAUCCAGACAUCGGAUAAACCAGAGUCCAGCUCAGAGUCUACGCCACAGUACUGCCACCUCAACCCAUUUCUGCUGGCUGACAAACUGGGAUCCUCAGUAAAACAGUGCUCCAAAACAAAAAAAUAAAUAAGUAGGUGAAGAUUGGGGACACUACGGAAAUGAAACACAUUUUUAGAUUUUGAUAAAUUCAUUUUGAUAACAGUCAUUUCACGUGCCAGUUGGCAGCAACCUCUUGUGAUAUACUUAUAAUACUUAACUAAUAGUAUGAUGGUUUAUAGUUGUUUGGCAGCUCAUGUUGUCACAGUAUUAUGAUAAUCAAGUGUUCAGAUACUAAAAUAAUAUCAGUAAUACAAUUGUUUUAACUUGCAGUAUAUUGCAUUUUCGUUUCAACCUUGAUCUACUUGAGUAACGUUUAAGUAAAGUAAAUUUACUGUAAAAAUGACAAAAAAUUAAGUAAAGACUACUGAGAGUGGACCAUUGU